AUGGAUGGUAAUAGCAAAGAUGACAUGAUGACGAUGAUGAUUGUACUCAAUGUUGGAGGUGUAAAGUAUCAGACGACAAUAGGCACAUUGUUGUAUGGCGCACCAAAUACAUACUUUGCACACUUGCUGCAAGAGCAGAGGGAAGAAGAUGUGCCACGCGAUGCAGAUGGUCAUAUAUUUAUCGACCGUGAUGGUGAUGUGUUUGCAUGGAUACUAGGUUACUUGCGAUCAGGUGGACAUAUCGACACCAGUCAUCUGUCCACAACAUAUAUCAAUAGGAUUGUUAGAGAGGCGAUGUACUUUGGACUCAACUCAUUGGUUGGAGCAUUGCUCUCAUCAUUCGGAACACGUGGUGGCACUUCCUAUCUGACCUCUAUCACUCCCGCCUCCUCUUGCGACACCUCAUCAAUUAUCAAUGCAAUAUCCAAGGCCAACCUACUCAUACUAUCAUUCUCAAAUGGUCACAUUGAAUGCUGGAUGUACAAAGGACUGGCAUCACUUUGGGUUCACUUCUUCACAUUGGAGCCACAAGUUGGUGAGCAGUUGCAUCAACUCACUGCGUCAAUCACAAAGAACAAGUACAAUGAAGUCUCCAAUCUUAUACUCAGCGGGUUCACAACCAACAAACAAGUAGCACUCUGGAAGAUCAGAAUAGACUAUGUCCAAUUCCAAGCUGUGAUUGUAAUCAAUGGACAUUACUUGGCCACUAUAUCAAAGAGUGGCAAGAUAACAUUGGUUGAGAUUGCCAACGACUCUGAAGGACUGUUACCCAUGAAGACGCUUGACCUCAAUCACAGUAUUACAGCCAUCGCUGAUAUGGAACAUCACUUGUUCGUCGGAUGCAAUAAUGGAGAGAUAUAUGAGAUCAAACAAAAUAUGAGAGAUAACUGGGAUUGGAGCACAGAGCAGGUGUAUAAGUUGAACAACAUUGACUACCUUCAGAAUCAGAUGUUUGCAAUGGCGGGAUAUAAGGAUGAUGAGACAAUGCUGAAGCGUGGCUUUGAGUGUCAGCCUAGACCCACUCCAACCAUGCUCGAAGACAAUGGCGAGUUGGUGACCAAUGCCAGUUUGGCGCAAACAUACACCGACCCAUCAAUGGCAAUGGCCAUUGGCACACUGGAAGGAACUGUUCAUCUUGGAUUUAGGAAUAUCAGACGAAAGGAGUCGUUCAUCCCUGGUGCCAAACUGGUGAUCACAGCUGCCGCGGCGGCAGUGGCAAAACAACCCGAUGGCGCAAUUGACAGUUUGGUGGUCAGUGGUGGCAAUGAAGGAGUGUUCAUCACUGCCAAGACCAACCAGAAUCUCACCAAGAGCUGGCAGUACAAGUACACCAAUCCAAUCUAUCCUCAUAUGACUAAAUGCGUCAGUGUUCGCACAGGCGCCGAUCGUGGACAUCCUUCACCAUUCAACGACAUUAUCAAGUUCAAAACAUUCCAUCACCUCCACUAUGUCACUCCCAAGACCUAUGGCGCAAAGGUUCCGCUCAUUGGUGUUCUGGGUAAGAGUGUCUCGGGCACGAAUAUAUCGCCUAGUCUGACAUCAGCCAACAGCAGCAGCAACAAUGGCAAAGGCAAUGGAAGUGGCGCGUCAGGAUCAGAUCAAUCAAUGGCUCCAAACAUCACAUUGGAGGAGCCUGAUCCCAGGAACAUGGUAUCGACCUACAAUCAAAUAUACAUCGAUGUUGACCAGCUGGCAAACGAGGUGGCAGUCUAUGCUCAAAGCCACAACAUGCUGGGAGAUGGAUUUCCAUCGAUUGGACAACUGCAUGAUGUAAUGCAGCGACCACUGGCCACCUUCCCACUUGUAGAUACAACACCAAUCAAGCUAGUCUUGCCCAUCACCUAUGGAGGAGUGGAUCCAUCCCUAAGUGAUAUGGCCUACCAGCUAAUCACAAUUCACGAGUCAAACCAAGUCUGUUGUUGGGAUCUUCGCGACAUUGACCAUCUCUUUGGCAUACUAUCAUCUCAAUCAUAUGAAUAA